AUGUAUAAAAACCUGCAGAGUACUGGUGGUGGUACUGGUGGAGGUGGUGACGGUGGAGGUGGUAGUGGAGGUGGUAGUGGAGGUGGUAGUGGAGGUGGAGGUGGUAGUGGAGGUGGUAGUGGAGGUGGAGGUGGUAGUGGAGGUGGAGGUGGUAGUGGAGAUGGAGGUGAAGCUCUGCGCUCGGUUGACGGCCGCAGAGAAGCUCUGCGCUCGGUUGACGGCUGCAGAGAAGCUCUGCGCUCGGUUGACGGCUACAGAGAAGCUCUACGCUCGGUUGACGGCUACAGAGAAGCUCUACGCUCGGUUGACGGCUACAGAGAAGCUCUACGCUCGAUUGACGGCUCUAGAGAAGCUAUGCUUUGA